AUGGAGAGCGUUCAAGGAGUCGAUAUCUCUUGGAUGACUACGCAUAGCUCCAGCAAAGGAGAUCACAAUUCCAAGCCACCGUCUCCGACUGUUGUCACAAAGCCGGAUAAGGAACCGAAGUUGGCACAAAAUGGAAAUACAAGUGGAAAUGGAAAUGCGAAUGGCAAUGGCAGUGGGAGUCCGGUUGAAGCGCCGUCUAAGCCUAAGCCAAUACCUACUCCAAGGCCAAGUUUUGCACGAAGUGCAUCAUCCGAGAAAACGGCAACACUGAAUGGAAGCGUUGGAAAGCAGCCGCCAUCUCCUGGCUCACGGCGAAACUCAUGGCUUUCCAGCAUUUCCUCGAAAUUCUCCUCUUCUCCAGCAACGAACAAUACGCAAACGACCACGCCACCAUCACCGCUACCCACAAUCUCCUCAUCCACGGAAUCAACCAUACCUCCUGGGCCCCUUUCGCCUAAGAACGCAGUUCUACCCCACGCGGUGAAGGCGGUUGGCGAUGCUCCCUACACGCCCGCUCCACCCAAAUCCACACAACCCAGCUUUCUACAGAGCGCAUUGCGCAGAUUAUCCUCCUCGAGUGGCCAAUUAUCUCAUCAACCGAGGGCAAUGCAGCAUGGACUAUGUGAAAGGAAGAUACUGAAUGUGGAUCGCAACAGAGAACGAUGUCCGAUAUCAGACUUAGACCAGUCGAAACUUCGAAGAGUUGCGUUUUGCGUUGAUGUAGAGAUUGCGAGUGGGCCCAAGUACCAUGAUGAGAUGGAAGAUGAGAAAAAGGUGGAGGGUAAGAAGAGGGUAGAGAAGGGUGAGAAAGGAGAGGCGGAAGCCCUGAAGCACCCCGAAGCAACUAGGAUUGAAAAAGAAGAGGAUGGAGUUAUUAGUGCUACUGGAGAGAAAGUAGGGAAAGAAACAGAAAAGGGCGCCUUAGAAUUCACUAAAGAGGCAAAGGAAGAUUUGCACCACGAUGAAAAGGAUAGCAAGAAGAAGGAAAAGAAGAAACGUAGUGAAGAGGAGAGAAAGGCUCGAAAAGAAAAGAAGAGAAAGCUGGCUGAAGCCAAUGGCUCUAUUCCAGUGGAACUUGUCAGGAAUGCUAGUGAUGAUUCUUUGGGAAGUUCGUUGACUGGAACUGGAACCGGUACUGGAACACCAGUGACGCAGAUAUCGCCUACAACCGACCCUGUAAGGAUAUACCGACGAUGUUGCCAGCUUCGAGAAACACCUAUCUUGAAGAAGAUCACGGAGCAGCUGACAGCAGCGGCAACUAAUAUGGCAGUACCCGGCAUUGUCAACUCGUUAGAUCUUACGGGAUACUGGCUUCAACUGCCUGACCUUGUGACGCUUGGUGAUUAUUUGGCUGUUGUUCCGGUCAAGGAACUUAUCAUGGAGAAUUGCGGGCUCACUGACGAAGGUCUUCGUGUCAUCCUCGCAGGCUUACUAGCCGCCAAGUGCCCCAACUAUAGCAGAAGACGAUCCAGAAAGUUCAAGGACGGUGAAGUGCACCAGGGUGGUGUUGUUGAACGCCUCGUCUUCAAGAACAACGUCAAGAUUGGGAAAGAUGGAUGGCGGCAUAUGUGUUUAUUCAUAAACAUGUGUCGGUCACUUAAAUCGUUAGAUCUUUCGAAUGUACCAUUUCCACAGUCGUCGCAAACGACGACAUCGACUUCCGGGUCUCACCUACAGAGGACGUCGAGUACGACGUCCAAUCCAGAAGUAUCCUGUCUUCUUUCAAAAGCUUUGGGCGAGCGUCUAGCUGGAAAAGAGUUUGAAUUAUUGAACGUCGCGGAGUGUGGUUUGACGACUGAUCAGCUUGGAAGUCUCAUAGAUGGCGCUAUUAAGUCAGGCUUACGUCGACUUGGUGUUGCGGGGAACCACAUCACACAUGAAGGUAUGCAGCAUAUCGCACGCUACCUGCAAAACGGCACAUGUGAAGGUCUUGACUUGGGAGGUAAUGACUUGAAGAAUGAACUGGGUGCCAUUGCCGACGUCUUGGAUUCCGGGAAUGGCCUCUACGCCCUCAGCCUGGCUGAUUGCAACCUCACACCUGACUCAUUGUGGACGCUUUUCCCAGCUCUGACCAAGCUGAAGAACUUUCGCUUCAUCGAUUUAUCCCAGAACCAUGCACUAUUCGAGACGCAGCCAAGUGCAAUUUCUCUUCUUAGGAGGUACAUACCGAAAAUGCCCAUCCUCCGGCGCAUACAUCUUACAGAUGUGUCAAUGGACCCUGACCAAGCAAUUGCAUUGGCAGAGAUUUUACCCGAAAGUCCUAGUCUUGCUCACCUGACAAUAAUGGAGAAUCCCAAGAUUGCUGCAUUAGCUGACGCGAGGGAGGAAGCCAGUCAGGAGGAGGCAUGUGCCUUAUAUGCAUCGCUCAUGGCCGCAGUACGGGUUUCCAAUACACUAAUGUGUAUUGAUAUUGAGGUACCAUCCAAUGAAUCGAGCGAAAUAGUGAAAGCAUUAGCCAAGCAAGUGGUUGCGUACUGCUUGCGCAAUAUGGAGCGUGGCCCAGUCGCUGAAAUCAGUCAAGCCGCUGCACCAAUAGCGUCCGAUUCUACCAAAGAGGUUAUCGUUCCUGAUGUAUUGCUGCAUCUUGUCGGGCAUGACGAAGGCGGUAGCGUUAGUCAUGACGAAGAUGAUCCAGCUCCAGACGAUGACUAUGUGAUCGGUGGAAGCGGUGUGGUGAAAGCAUUGGGAAUUUGCUUGCAGAACAGAGGAAAUGAUUCUAGAGGACCAGGUUCAGAACAUCGUUCUCAGUCUCGCAGUGGAACGGCAUCGCCGAGGCCCCCUGUUCAUGGUGGCAAGGCCAAGGAUAUGUCUAAGAAUCUUCUUGGAAGUGCUCGUAAAAUACGAGCACGGUUACAACCUGCUCUGGUUAAGGAAUCGCGGGCGAAAGAUAGAGUCAACUAUCAACGCCUACUGUUCCUUGACCAGACCCUGGAGGGAAUGAUCAACCGAUUCGAGGAUGAGUAUCCAGAGACACGCGUAGGACCACCCAUACCCAUACAACCAACUUCAGAAAGCAAAGAGGACACCCAGGAAAGCCCACUAGGCAGCCUCACAGGAAGUGUCGAUUUCCCUAAUAAUCACGAUGGACAUGGUUCAGAUACCGAGCCAGCACACCUCGAGGUCCCAAUGUCAGACGAUGAAGGUGAAACGCUUCGACCAGCUCUCUCAAGGCACAACUCAGACGUGUCACUUGCCUCCCGGGCCCUAAACGAGGAAGAAGGCCGAAUGCACAGAUUUGGCCAGCAAUUCCGUCGGGAAAUCAUCAAGCCUGACGCCGAAAACGCGACCGGCAAAGAGACGGAGCCGCAUCACAUACAGAUCCUGCGAGCGUUCGUCGAUGGCCUCGGUGGCGAGGAGAUCCGCGACCGCUUUCAUACUCAUGGGCAUGAGGCGCUCCUGAAUGACAUGAGCAACGAAGCGAAGCUCCUGAAACAGGAACUUAAAGCCCAGGAUCCCGAGGCGUGGGAGAAGUUUGUGGAAGCGCAGCAGGCGGCGGAGAGGAAUCGGAGUUUGCAGGUGGGACAUGUGCAUGAGGGACAUGCUGUUAGUAGUAGUGCGGUGGUGGAUUAG